GUAUCAUUAUCAAUUACACUUAAUCCAUGGUUGAUAUUCCCUGGUUACGGCGUUGCCAUGGCGUGGAUGUUUGCUCCACCGUUUAUGAGGUGAAAUUACAUCGCACCUUCCUCAAGUGUGUGUUGUUGUGGUUGUUGUGAGGAUGAGUUUGUUGUUCCUUCCUCACGAUGGUUGCCGUUGCCCUGGACGUGACUCCUCCCACUCUGAGUGCUCCCCUUUUAUACCUUCUUCUCCCCCCUUCUCCUCUUCUUCCUCUUCUCUCCUCUCCUCACACUUCUGGUGAUUUGCUGGUUAGCCCUCAAAGCUUUCUUGGUACCCUCCCACUUGUGUUCUGCGCGUCCUCGAGAGGCUUUCCCCCUUUUUCUUCUCCGUUGUUCUAGAUCUUGUCGUUCCGAUGGCCUUCCCAGCUAUCUGCUCGCCUCGAUAUGCUCGCCUCCUUCUUACUGGGAGUGUGGAUUUGCCAACUUUUGCUGUGAGAACGGUAUCUGAUACCCGCCCCGUGGUGAAGGAGCCGCCGAUCUACUUCCCCGGUUUGAAGCCUCUUGCUCGUCCCUGGCGUUUGGCUCCUUGGCUUCGACCUCAUGUUGAUGACUUGGAAAAGAAGAAUCCUGCUGGCGGAGACAAGCAGUUCCCGUUGCUUGUUCCUCGUCGGCGUGGAUGCCAGGCCAGUCCCUCGGCCGUGUCUCUCCACCCUCGUGUUGCCCGUCUUCCUGUCUUGCCCCCGCCUGUCCCACUCCUGAAGCGUGCCGGAACUGCUGUGAAGCAGAAUAAGCGUUCUGUCUCCUUUGGAGACGUGGUAGUUCAUGAAGUUGAGCGGUUCCCUUGGCGUGUCUUCCCCCCUCCUCGCUUUGCGGCGUUUGAACCCAAGCGACGGUCUUUCCCCCCUCGCGUUCCCUCUCCUCCUCCUGUGGAGGAGCUACCCCGUCGUGUUUUGCAGCUUGAGGUGACUGUUCGUGGGCCUACUUUGGGUCAGUGGAUUGGUUGUGUUGGUUGUUGUAUUGCUGCCGUGUCGUUCCUUUCCUGGUUGCGUUGAUUGCGCGUCUUCUGUUUCUGAUUUCUUGUUUUCUUCCCCCCCUGUUUUGCUUUACUUCUUCC